AUGGGGUCGUACGCCGCCGAGGCUGCCAAGCUCAUUCAGGCUGCGAAGCUCGCCCUGGGACCUGAGGUGGAGAGCAGCCCAUUUGGACAAAGAUCAAGACAAAUUGAAAAAUCAAUAAGGCAGGGAGACGAACGGAUCAAUCAAGGUUGGGUUCAGAUUCAAAACAGGCGGGAAGAAGUUGCUCAACUUGUACGAGAAAUUGCCUGGGAGAGACAGGAGCUGCAGAAGGACGCGGGCCACCUCAGCAACGGGCCAAAGUAUCUCCAAGACGGCGUCCAGUGUAGCAAAGCAACUGCGGCCAACGGCCAAGUCGAUGUACUCAAGAGCAAGGUGAAAGAUUACUCCAGCACGCAAGAGAGUUCAACAGCCCAAACAGUAAAACUGGCGACUUUCCGAAGAUGUACUUGUCAGGUGUUCACGGAUCCCAGCCCUGGCAAAACGCACCUGAGCAUCAAGACCACCGCAGUCGAACUGCACAAGGAAAACGGCGUUGCCAUAUCAUAUACUUGGGGCCAAUUCGACCGCACCAAGCAUUGCAUAGGACACCGGGAAUCCCAUCCCACAGAAUAUGUGUGGAUAGAACUAGGGGCCGAGUGGCGAGUCAAUUCGGUGCUCGAACGUCUUGUACAGUUCACCAACAAAUAUGGGGCUUGUUGGAUUGACCAAGUGUGUUUCCAGCAGAAGGACGAGCAGAUACGACAUUCCCUUGCACAAAUCCCGGCAAUCUUCAGAACCUUGCCUGUUGUUAUACUAUGGCCCGGUAGUCUUUGCUCGUGCUUGAGAAAGGCGUACGAAGCUGUGUCGAAAGAGGUUCCGAUCAGUUCAUCUAGCGCGGGAUCUGCGGUGGACGAAAUUGUGGGCGUGGACACCACCCAGGUUGAUCUUUUCGUAACUCUAAAUGCAUCCAUAUGCCUCAAUUCGAACGGCGUCUGCUCAUGGCCUUAUCGGAUUUGGACGAACCAGGAGUACAGGUAUGCCCGGUCGGUCACACUCGUCUUUGCGGAUGUGGAGGUUGCCGAGUGUUGCUUCCUCAGUACACCUUUACAGACGCAGCUGGAGAAAAUGAACGAUUAUUCCCGACUGUUGCUUCAGCAAUUGAAAGGCAAGCACGGGUACGAUGACUCUGAAGCUUUGGAAGCGGUGAGGGUACACAAUGGAGAUUUCCUUAACACCCUUUUUGACCUGAACGAGCACAAUGCACUAUCCGACAUGCAAGUGGCUGCGUUUCUUCUUGGUGAAACACGACAAACUGCUGAUGAGCACAUGGCCUGGACCCCGUGGCUUGCGAUCAUCCAAGAGAUGAUUUCCGUGUGGCACUUGCAACUCUCGGCUAGUCAGCCAAAAGACUACGUGCUGUCACUGUUCGCAGAGUCGGACUUCUAUGACCCACCACCAGGUUUUCAAGACCUGCCAUCCAAUAUGCUGCUGAAAGAUUUCCUGCGACAGCUGCGAAAGGUCCGACCAGUGCUAAUCCCCACCACGUGUCCCGCUGGCCUGUUUGGAAUAAGCGACGAGACCUGGAGCUUUGAUGCGUCUGAAAUUACUAUUGCUAGGCAAAUAAAAGAUGUACGCCACAUUUACGGCAUGUUCGAAUGGUGGGACAGUGUGGCUUCUUCGACAACCGGUCGUCUUCCUCUGAAGCUCUCUAGAUCAAGCUGGCAAAGCUGUGCUUCGAAAGCCCUGUCUUUCGCCUCUUGGCUUGCCCGCCAUGACACAAUGACAGGUUUCAUAUGGUUCUGCAAUGCCGUGUGCAUGUCGGCAGCCGGGCGUCGAAACAGACUUUCUGAGCUCGAACACUCAGUUCCGUCGACAGCCAAGCUGCAAGGGAUGUUGGCGUCCGACGAUCCUCUGGAGCAGGUACAGGGCUGUAGAGCGUGUCUGGUAUUGGUUGUCAAUGAAAUACCAACCCCUACCGACAGAAAAAAGGCCACCGAACUCUUCUUGGAUGUUGCACCUCGACAGUGCUUAUCCGGCUUGGUGCAAAAUUGCCUCCAGGGAAUCAUUGAGCGUGCGUCACCGAGGAACCCGGCCCUGGGACGACUCAUGUCGCAUUGUUUCAGCAUGCCAAUCCCCGUUCUCGUGGAAGCGGUUUUCGAGGUGGUCUGUGAGAUGCUAUUCCUGGAUGUUAGACUCUGUCGGGAGAGGGGAGUAAGAGUUAUCCUCGGUGAGUGGCAUCCUCUUCAAACCCAAGGAGAUACGUCAGACCCACGAUGGGCUCCAGGGUUAGCCAACGAGAACAACAAUUUGUCAAACGCCGACCCUGCCGGAAGACAUGAAUAUAGCGACGACGUCCGCGACGGGACUGAGCAACAAAGGAGGACUGAGGCCGGAUCUACAACAUGCAUCGGUCUCGUUCACUGGGAAACUUUCUGCCAGGCUCGCGCGCAGAAGAAGGACACGAUCACCAUUGCAUUGAAGGGCGAACCCCAUAUUCCAUUCUACGAAGCAGUUCGAACCAGCAAUUCUGAUCCGUCUGAUUCAUUCCCCGAGUAUAAGGUCUUUGGUGUAUGGGUACCGCUCAACAGCAAUUGGUAUCGAGCGGCAGAUAUCGGUGCCAUAGUUGUGGACGAAGACAAGGCCGACGCGUUCGUGGUGUAG